AUGUCAUUGUCGAAACUUGAAUCGUUACCCAACGAAAUUUUGAUGGAUUUUCUAGAAAAACAUGCCAAUGGUGUCGAUAUACUAGUGGCAUUUGCCAAACAGCUCAAUAGUCGCAUCGAUGGUCUCAUUGCUCAAUGUCAACAACUUCGAUUCGAUUUUAUUCGUUGUCGAAAGGAUAAUUUUCUGCUUUGUGUAAGUCUAUUUCCCUUAUUGAUUGACAAAAUCAGUGAAUUAGCCUUAUUAGAAUGGGAUACACCAGGUCAAAUUAAUACUUUUCUCUCGUUCUUUCCAUCAUUCAGACCAUUUAAAACUCUUCGUACAUUAUAUUUUCAUUUCGAUGCCGCAACCAUUACCUCGAAAGAAGUAGAUAAAGCUCUUGGGUCAUUGAGAAAUCUGAAGAAUCUAAACACUUUGUCCAUUAAAGUGGCACAUGCAUUAGAAGCACCACUAAUGAGGAUUAUUGUUGAACUAUUCUGUUUACCAACGUUAAAACGACUCUCAGUUGCUAUUGGAGAGUGUAAAUCAGAAUGGACGUUUAUGAAUCCUUGGAUACCAGAUUCAUUCAAUAUUGAACAUUUGACUAUUACAGGUAUGCCUUUUCAAUGGAAUGAUCUACAAUUGAUAAUUCAGUGUUCUCGUCAUCUUCGAUACGUUAAUGUUCGAUUAACCAAGACACGACUGUAUCUUUCUCAAGAAGGAAUAUCAAUCCAACUGGAUUAUGUACCAAAUCUUCAGACAUUAAUUUUACAUUUUGAAGAAGACGAUCCGACAACGUUUGACAUGGUUGCGAAACUUUUGCGAGCUACAUAUAAUAUUUGCUGGUUAGAACUAACUGUCCAUGAUGCUUUGAUCAAAGCCAGUGCUUGGGAACACCUCAUUCAAAAUGCAUUACCACAUUUGACACAUUUUUUGCUGAGAACAAGUUCAUAUCGUCUAAAGAAGCGUAUUCUUGAAGAAGUACUCAUCUCUUUCCGAACAUCAUUCUGGGUUGCAAAGAACAAUUUUUACAUAUUGAUCUUAGAUGAUGAACAUCUACUGAAUAGCAAAGAUACAAUGAAUCAUAUCUGUGGCCGAAAACAACAGACAUCGAAUCAUGAAAACACAGAAUUUCGAACAGCAUUAGUACAUCCAAUCAACAGUAAUAUCUCUCCAACAAGCACUAUCACAAGUCUAUAUUUCGGUAGGAAUUCCUCGCUUCUUUUAUGUCAAUAUUCGUUUGACAACGUUCGAUAUCUUGUUAUCGAUUAUCCAGAGAAAAAUCUCGUACAAUGGAUAACUAAAUAUGUCAAUUGUUUAAGAAUUGAAGAACUCGAUAUUUCAUCAUGUAAACACGAUCAAAUGAUAGCCAUUUCACUAGUGACGCACACUAAAAAUAUUAAAUCACUCAAAUUGAACGCUAAUCAAUUGAUUGCGUAUCAAAGAUUAAACCUCGGAAGAAACAGCCAACUAAAAUCUCUCGCUGUAUUAUAUGUUCAAGAGACUUUUAAUGAAAAUAUGAUUCAAACUAUUGGUCGCCUAUUUCCUCGUAUCGAACACAUGGUGAUUGGCAUGCUGAAUCUAGACAAUAUUCCAAUGCUAGGUACAUAUUUGCCUUAUCUUCGCAGUCUUACUAUUAACAUUCUUGGUCAAACCUUCAAACCAUUCUAUAGUUUUGAAAAGAAAAUAGAGAGCUAUGAAUGGCAAACGAAAAGUAAAUUUCUAUUACAACGCGAUGGACACUGGGCUACCAUUUGGCUUGAUUCAGCGGCAUUCGAAAAAACCUUUUGGAACAUUUCUGAAAGAAAUUUAUGUUCAUCCGUUAAAAGAUCAGUAGCGACAAAUGAUAAUCGAAAAAAGAGAUUCAAAUCCUAAUUAGCUUGCUUCAAAUAAUUGUUUCUACAAUAUAAUUGUAGGAUAAUAAUAUACGUGUAAAUAGAAGAAUCAUUAUUUCUGUUGACUUUUCGUUUUUUUCUUCUCGAUACAAAUUUGGUGUUUGAGUGUGUAGGGGGGAGGGGGGGGGGGGGGGUAGGGGGGUUGGAGGGUG